CAGUGCGGCGGCGGCGGAGGCCAACAGGGGCUCAGGGCUUCCGAGCUGCCCGGAGCUGCCCUAGCCCCGUCUCCGAGCCCCGGCAAGGCGUCGCUGCCCCCUCCCUUCACGUAGCCUGAGGAGGGGGACCAGUACAUCAUGCAGGAUCCAAAUGAAGAUACUGAGUGGAAUGACAUAUUGAGAGAUUUUGGGAUUCUUCCUCCGAAAGAAGUGAAAAAAGAUAUGGCUGACGAUUUGGUUUUACAUUUACAGAAAGAAACAUCAGCUAAACCUUAUGAAAGCAUGACCCUUAACCAGUUGAAAGAAGCUGAAGAUGAUUUUGAUGAUGAAGAUAUGAGAGCUAUGGAAUCAUAUAGACAAAAGCGUUUGCAAGAAUGGAAAGCAUUACAGAAAACACAAAAGUUUGGGGAACUAAGAGAAAUUUCUGGUGACCAAUACGUGAAAGAAGUUACAAAUGCAGAAAAAGAUGUCUGGGUUAUAAUCCACUUAUAUAGAACAAGCAACCGAAUGUGUUUAAUGCUUAAUCAGCAUCUAAGUGUUCUAGCAAGAAAGUUUCCAGAAGUCAAAUUUCUUAAGGCCCUUGUGAAUAGCUGUAUUCAACACUACCAUGACAGAUGUUUACCCACUCUGUUUGUGUAUAAAAACGGCCAGAUACAAAGAAAAUUCAUCGGAAUUUUUGAAUGUGGAGGAGUAAAUCUGAAGUUAGAAGAACUUGAAUGGAAACUAGCAGAAGUUGGAGCCAUACAAACAGACUUGGAAGAAAAUCCUAAGAAGCAGAUUGUAGACAUGAUGAUAUCUUCCAUUAGAAACACUUCUAUUUAUGACAAUAGUUCAGGCAGUGACAGUGAUGAGACUAAAUGUCCUUAGAAAUAUAUAAUAAAUGGCUUUCCACAGUUUUUGCCCAA